AUGGAGGCUGUUCUGUAUACGCAUUGCUUCAAGUUGACUUUUCUGGAAGAAAUGUCUCUUCUCUCUUUCAGUGCCCAAAUUGCCUUGAAAAGAAAAGAAUCCUUCCAACUACCCAAGAAAGCCGCCCAUAUAAAAAUUCAUUCUAUGUACAAAUUAAACAAGUCGAUUCGAGCAUCCACAGCCAUAGCUGGAGCAACCUCUUUGUUCUGCAUCAUUGGUCUGGUGGUCCUCAUCUUGUUCGCCACUGUCGAAGACAGUUCUUUUACUUUCUCCGACGAACCAGCGGUGAGAGGAAACCAGUUCUUGGACCAGCCCUGCGAGGAAAUCUACGUGGUCAGAGAAGGGGAAACCCUCCACACCAUCAGUGAUAAGUGCGGUGACCCUUUCAUCCUGGAGGAGAACCCUCAUGUCCAGGACCCAGAUGAUGUUUUCCCAGGACUUGUCCUGAAGAUCACCUCUAAUCCGUGGAAAUUUUUGAGAUAG